AUGGGGUUUGUCCUUGGAUGUUAUCUAGACAGAAAGAAUGAUGAAAAGCUGACUGCCUUCCGGAACAAGAGUUUGUUGUUUAAAAGGGAAUUGAGACCCAAUGAAGAAGUCACCUGGAAGUAAA